AUGAAGUUCACUCUCCUCACUCUCGCUCUCGGCCUCACCACCAGCCUCGUUGCUGCGUCUCCUGUCGAGAAGCUCCCCAAUGGAGUUGAUUCUUACUCGACUCGUUCGAGCUGGUCGAAGCCUGGAGCCGCUCCAGAGACUGAUGGCACUGCUGUUGAGGAGCGCAGUGAUACCGAGUCCGACAUAAUCGAGCCAUCUCCCGAUUGCUACAGCACCCGUUCUGCGUGGAAGAGGAUGUUCCUCGGCAAGAGACAGUGUUAG